CGCGCCUGGGAGUUGCUCGGGGUCCGGCGCUCGCGGCGGGAGCCAGGAGCCGGAGAGAAAGAGAGAGAGAGAGAGGGUCCCCGGGCUAGUCCGACCACCGCCGCAGCCGCCGCCGCCGCCUCCUCCUCUCGCGUCGCGGGCCGCAGCUGCCCCGCGCGCGGGCGGCCCCGAGUCGCCGCAGCCGCUGUGUGCAGACUGGAAGGGGGGGGCGGGGGGGAGGGGGGGAGCCGCGGACGCGGGGUGCCCAGGACUUUGCAACUUGCCCGGGAAGGUGGAGGGCCGAGCGGGGGAGGGGGAGCCCCGCACGAGACCGAGCGGCCCGGGUGGGAGCGCCCAGCCCCGCCGCGGAUCAUGGUGCAGCAGGCCGAGAGCUUGGAAGCGGAGAGCAACCUGCCCCGGGAGGCGCUGGACACGGAGGAGGGCGAAUUCAUGGCUUGCAGCCCGGUGGCCCUGGACGAGAGCGACCCGGACUGGUGCAAGACGGCGUCGGGCCACAUCAAGCGGCCGAUGAACGCGUUCAUGGUGUGGUCCAAGAUCGAGCGCAGGAAGAUCAUGGAGCAGUCGCCGGACAUGCACAACGCCGAGAUCUCCAAGAGGCUGGGCAAGCGCUGGAAAAUGCUGAAGGACAGCGAGAAGAUCCCGUUCAUUCGGGAGGCGGAGCGGCUGCGGCUUAAGCACAUGGCCGACUACCCCGACUACAAGUACCGGCCCCGGAAAAAGCCCAAGAUGGACCCGUCGGCCAAGCCCAGCGCCGGCCAGAGCCCGGAGAAGAGCGCGGCGGGCGGCGGCGGGGGCGCGGGCGCGGGCGGCGGCGCCAAGACCUCCAAGGGCUCGAGCAAGAAAUGCGGCAAGCUCAAGGCCCCCGCGGCCCCGGCGGCCGGCGGCGCCAAAGCGGGCGCGGGCAAGGCGGCGCAGCCCGGGGACGGCGGCGGCGCGGGCGACGACUACGUGCUGGGCAGCUUGCGCGUGAGCGGCGCAGGCAAGACGGUCAAGUGCGUAUUCCUGGACGACGACGAGGACGAAGAGGACGACGAGGACGAGCUGCAGCUGCGGAUCAAGCAGGAGGCGGACGAGGACGACGACGAGCCGCCGCCGCACGCGCAGCUCCUGCAGCCGCCGGGCCAGCAGCCGCCGCCGCCGCCGCUGCUGAGACGCUACAGCGUCGCCAAAGUGCCCGCCAGCCCCACGCUGAGCAGCGCGGCCGAGUCCCCCGAGGGCGCGAGCCUUUACGACGAGGUGCGGGCCGGAGCGGCCUCGGGCGCUGGGGGCGGCAGCCGCCUCUACUACAGCUUCAAGAACAUCACCAAGCAGCACCCGCCGCCGCUGGCGCAGCCCGCGCUGUCGCCCGCAUCCGCGCGCUCCGUAUCCACCUCCUCCUCGUCCUCCUCGUCCAGCGGCGGCGGCGCCGGCGGCGGCAGCAGCAGCAGCAGCAGCAGCGGCGGCGAGGACGCCGACGACCUGAUGUUCGACCUGAGCUUGAAUUUCUCCCAAAGCGCGCACGGCGCCGGCGACCAGCAGCUGGGGGGCGGCGCGGCGGCCGGGAACCUGUCCCUGUCGCUGGUGGAUAAGGAUUUGGAUUCGUUCAGCGAGGGCAGCCUGGGCUCCCACUUCGAGUUCCCCGACUACUGCACGCCCGAGCUGAGCGAGAUGAUCGCGGGGGACUGGCUGGAGGCGAACUUCUCCGACCUGGUGUUCACGUAUUGAGAGGAGGGGUGGGGUGGGGGCGCCCCGUUCUCGCUCUUUUCUCUCUGGCGGGUGCAGAGCAGGGUUCCUUGGGAGGAAGUCGUGGUGGUCGUGAUGAUGAUGAUGAUGAUACAAGGUUUUGGUGUCGACGGUGAUGGCGGUAGGGUGGAGGGGCGAGAAGAAGAUGCUGAUGUUGAUACGAUGUCGUGACACAAAUUGGAAAGAUGCUGAAAAUUUUGGUGGAGUUAAAGUGAAAUGAGUAGUUUUUGAAACAUUUUUCCUGUCCUUUUUUUGUCCCCUCCCCUCCCCCCCAACCUCCCCUCCCUUCCUUGAUCGUGUCUCAAGGUAGUUUCAAACCUAGUCUGGAGUUGUGAUUCUCCCCCCCCCCCCCCCCCCCGCAAAUGUGUUUUUGUAAUUACUGUUUCUUUUUUUUUUUUUUCUGAAAUUCGCGAUGGCAACAAAGGCGGAGGGGACGGGGCGGGGGAGGGGAGCGAGGACCCGCUCCGGAAGGCGCUGUUUGAAGCUUGUUGGUCUUUGAAGUCUGGAAGACGCCUGCAGAGGACCCUUUGGCAGCACAACUAGGGAGUUGGUUGGAGAUUUUAUUUUAUUAUUAUUUUUUUUUCUUAAGAGAUCUUAAAGAACUGGUGAUUUUUUUUUUAAAAAAAAUACAAACACAACAAAAAAGGGACCAUGGCAAAUUUUUUAAUUUAAUUUUAUUUUUUUGGAGGGAGAAAACUGAUGUCUUCUAUGCAUCCGAUUCUUAACAAAACUGCAGGGAGCUUGAAAAAAUGCAGACUGUACAAACGCUUACAAAAAAAAAAAAAAAACUGUGAACUGACUUAAGAUCAGAGUUUACUUUUCAGAUCAAAUUGUUUAUGGUUUUACAAAUGUGAUUUCUACUUGCCAACUUUUGUUUUUGUAACUUGUUCCCUUAUACCUCCUUGAUUGAAUACCAGGCAGCCUAGACCUCAGUACAAAAGGUAUUGAAACAUUUUUGAUACAUAACAGACCUCAGUCUUUUUUAAAAAUUAAUAUAUUUUCAGGCGUAUUUUUGUACAGUGAAAAGGGAACAUUCUUGCUGUGUUUUUUCAGUAAGACUUUCAGGCACUUCUUCCCUUUUGAUUUCUUUUUUUCCUCUUUUAUUUUUAUUUUUAUUUUUUUUAGCAUGCAAGUAUGUUGGUACGUUAUGUCCUGGUUUAAAAAGGAUUAAAAGUUUAAAAUAAUCCUUGCAUCUAAAGGCCUUGUGGUUUAAAAAAAAAAGCAAACUUUUUGUACAGCUAUAGUAGAGAUUUGUUCAAUAUUUGUAGGUAAAGAUUUAUUGAAAACGGUGAUAUAGACCUCAGAGCUGUUAUCUUAGUUUAAAGAUUGUAUAUGUACUGUACUAUAGUAGGACUUUAUGUAUCUCAUACGCUGUGAUAUGUGGAUGGGGCCCCAGAUGGAAGGUUUGAAACUGGAUUCUCGAUUUUUAGCAAAAAGAAAAAGGCACAUAGUUUAAAAAGUUUCUCAUUUUGUGCAAUAUAAUCUAAAUAAAGUACAGACCAUCUGCAUAUUUUGUAGCAAAUGGUGGCAAAGCAGACUCAAUGCACUGUCGACAUCAUUGCCUGUUUUUGUUUUUUUUUUUUUUUGGUGCUGGAAGUCUGUAUCUUGACAAUUUUAAUAAAUCAGCUGGAACUGAUAGAAACUCGCAUCGCCCAUAGUCUCUAUGGAAGUCCUACUGGCGGUGGUGUUGUCGCAGGGCAUUCAGAGACAAGGCCCUUGUGCGCGCGGGUGGGAAGGUGACCGAAGGGAAUCCCAUAUUCCCCGGGCUUCGGCUGAAGUGCUCAAUGGCUGGCCAAUUUCUCGCUUCUCUUUUUUUCGGUGGCUGGUUAGGAAAACCUGGGGCGGAGGAUUCUUUUCUCUCGGCCUUCCCUUCCCUCCCCCCUCUGCAACCCCAUUUCCUUUCUCACCUCCUCCUCCGCGACUCCCACCCUCCUCUCCCAGCCCAUCCGGGCGGCGGGCGGCGGGCGUCGCGGGCACCCGGCCGGGGGUCAGCCUUCUCGGCGAGGGGCCGCGUCGGGGCUGCGAGUCGCGGUGACCGGCGCCCUUGGGUGGCCAGCGCUGAGCGCGCGCGGAUGCCCGCCGUUGUCCCUCCUUAAGAGGCGGGGAACAGCCGUUUCCAGUUUUGAAUCACCCCCCACCCCCCGCCCUUGACGCUGCAUGUCCGCCUGUGCGCUGGUGGGAAGCGCUGCUACAGUUCUGGACCGCGAGCGGUGACCGGUGCUGGGGCGUGGUGGUCGGUGUUCAGUCUCUUUCCGGCGUCGCCGGGAGAGCGAAGCGCGGCGGGCCCGAGGCGGGGGAAGGAGCGCGGAAGCCUGGCCCAGGGCGGCGGGAGGAACGGGGCAAGGCCACCGGAGAGUCUGUGCGGGAGGAGCCGGCGUGGGGGGUGGGGGGGUGCGUGCGGUAACCGAGGGCGCCUGGGCGGCGGCCGGGAAUCUCAAAGACAGGGCCCCGGGUCCUGGGCGCCAGGCUUUCUCCGCGCGAAUGUCGCGCGCGCUUCGGCGCCGCGCCCUGGGGCCUGGAGACGCGCGGGAAGACCCGCACUGGGGCCGUGAGGCCGCCAAACUGCGGGGAUGAGCGGGAAAGCCCGCCCGGGCCCCCGGCUCCCGGGUUGCGCGCCGGCUCCAGGGCUGCCCCGGAGGUAGGCCGGGGGCGGAGUGGGCUCCUAGGUGGUUCGGCUCCUGCUGAGUUCUCCGUACUGGGCGCUGUUUGCCUGGCCCGUUGACUCUCGUUUCCCCAGACCCGGCCGCCUGUGUCACGGAGCCCUCGUGGCGGGCCCGGGCUGGCAAGCACCGCCCGGCACGCGCGCCCCUGGCCUUGCGCCCUUUCGGUGCCUUCGGCCGGUCUUUCCCCGGGGGCCGCGCCGAGGGAGGCAGGGAGGCUGCGCGGAGGCCGCGCUGGGGCCCGAGCGCCAACCUCAAGCUCUGCCUCCGAGAGAGCCGGCGCCUGCAGUGGGGGAGGUUUGCAGUGGCUCAUUGGAACUAGGUGCAAAAUCACCACGACUUUCUUGGUCACCUACUGCAGUGAUUUACCAAGGUUUGGUUUCCGUUUUUAUUGAGAUGCUGGCGAGACUUAAGUGUCCACUCAUUGCCGGGAGCUGCUAGGCCGGGGGCGCUUGGGUAUCCUUCCAACCUGGCUUUCCUCUCCCCUGCCUCUAGGGCUCCGUCCCUGCCUGCUUGGCCUCCCCCAGCCUCCCUCCUCUUCUCGGCGAGCCUCCCCCCGGCCCCCAUCCCCCUUGCGAAACCAGCAAGCUUUGACCUUAGACGGACACAUUUCUUUUCUGUGGCUGUUUCAUUUCUAGGAAUCAAUUAUCAGAUUUCCUUAGAACACUUGGGAGGAGAAAGGGAUGAGGGUUUUAAAUAACAAGGUUCUCAAUAUUAGAACUGGAUCUCUGGAAUUGUUUACCUUCCCACCCCGGGUCCCCACUCCCAAAUGAUAAGACUGAUGUAGUCGUUGGUGGGACAUUUAUUUUAGCCACGAGUAAUUGAACCAGCGGUUUACAAUUGACGCUUCUCUGUGCUGGGAAUUUUACACGGUGGCCCUCUGCUGCAGUUCUGAAACUUGUUGAAAACACAAACCCAUUCAUAAGACUGAGUCGAUGUACUUGGAAAACCUGAAAACUUUGCAUGUAUUUUAUGUUUCAAUCAUAGAUGAAUCGGACAUUUUCUGUGGUGAGGUAGAAACUUUGCAGUAGUAACAUGUAAUGAUUUGGCUUCAGAAUGGAAACGCAUAGUCUGGAUGAAAAUUUUCAAAAAGCUAUGUAGCCUAAGUUCUUGAUAGUAAAAGAAGAAAAAAAAAACAAAGAUGAUCGGCGAUCUAAAAUUAAAAACCUGUUAGAACUCAGGACAGGCGCUUGAAUGCGCUUUUAACAAUAUUUAAGGCUGUUUUGAUGAAUGCAUUGUGAAAAUCAUUCUUAAUGAAUUCUUUAUUGAAUGUCUAAAACAUAAUAUAAUACACAAGGUAUUCUUGCCACUGGAUAGUCUUCAAUAAAAAUUUAAUUGCAUUUUUUUUGGUCUCUUAAGUAAGUCUUAUUUUGAACUAAGCAUUGACAGAAUAUUUUUAAAUAGUAAGGAGGGAGGGGGGAGGGAUGCCUAGUGCAUUGCAGCUUAGUCAGUGGGUAUCCUGCUGUUUGUAAGUUGUUCACAGGUUUAGGAUGGCAUUUUACUAAGAUUUCCAUCUUAAAGAACUUGAACCAGCAUUCUCUUAUUAAUUCUUUAAACUGUGGAAAUAAUCUUCCAGUUUUUACACUCUGAUAUGCAUCCUUUUAUUAAGAAUAUAUAAUGCUAAUGAAGGCAGUGUAUUUAAACUGUGCUUUGCAAAUAUUAUGUAUGUUAUGAAUGACUACAGUCACAGGGCAAAUUAUUUGUUAGAUCCUUUGGGGGGAAAAAUCAUUAAAACCAUUUUGAACAGAGAUGUUUCAUUUUAAUGUUAAUCGAGAGGAAGUGAUUUAAAUAUGCAUGCAUAUAGCAGUCAGGACCACUUAGGGUUUUUUUUUUUUUUUUUUCCUUUUCUUUUCUUUGAGAAAGACUUAAACAGCAAGACUUGUUUUUCCCUUCUCUGGGAGUUGGAUCCAGAGUCAUUUGCUAUUGGUACACUUUGAGAAACUUACACUUGUUUUUCUCUUCAGAAUUUAAAUGACUUUUGAAAGUAAUCUGAGAAAUAAAGCAAAUAAGUUGCUCUCUUUUAAAGUAGUCAUUCAAUAUAAAUAUAUUAUAUCAAUCUUAACUUUUUUAUUCUCUGAUAUGAUUAAUAUGUAUAUUCUUACUUUUUCUUCUAAUGGGCAUAUGUAUCCUUGUGAACACUUUAUAGAGAGGUUUUCUUGGACUCUCCCAUUUAUAGAAUCUUUAUACUCUUUUACUGUGGUCCCCUGCUUUUAACAGAUUUCUGAGGCCAAUAUAUUUGUGCUUUUUUCUUAUGUAGGAUGACCAGCGAAAAUAGUUUACUGAGUUGUCAAUUUUAUCAGUAGAUAAGAAACUUUCUUUAUUACAGCUUCAGGGAAGAUUUUUCAGGAUAUUUCUCAGUUAUUGUAAGGGCCAAAUUUUAUAAAAUUUCAUUAGGAAUGUCAGUUUCAAAUACCCUUUGUAUAGCCUAGGCCUGUAAGAAUACCAAGACUGAGCCUUAUGUAUCUAACACGGGAAUUCACAAGCUCCCAAAGUAACCGUCUCCAUCUGCUGACUCUUACACGUGCUUUUCAGCCGUCUGGCUUAUUUUAAUCAUUGGUCCUUUUUCACUGUUCAUUUGUUGGAUUUUUUCUGCCACACCCCCUUUCAUUUGAUGAUCUGGCAAAGUCUGCUCUUUGAUAACUCCUUUUUCUUCCCCCUUUUUGUGGGGCCCUCAUUUUCAAUCACAAUGAAGAUGAAACACAAUUUCUUAAACUCAGUUCUCCCAUUUUACCUUGCUACUGGCUUUUUUCUUGAAUGCUAACAUAGCUUUUUUUUUUUCUUUUUUUCACUGUAGUUAUUUUUUUAGCACUACCUAUAUCAACUAGCUGCCUAAUUAGUUUUAUCUCUUCCAUGUGGAUGCAGUGAGUUUUUAAGAGAAUUUCACAAACAAGUAGUUUUUUAGUGAACUUAAACAGAAUUUUAAAGGAGACCUAUUUUUAUACUCAAUAAAAGCACAAAAGUGCAGAAAGUAUACAAUGGCUUACAAAGGGAAACAUAAGUUCAUAAUGUUCCAUGUAUAAAAGUAAUAAUUUUAUUGGGUAGAGAUACUCCGAGAAGAUUCAAUACCUCUGCCAGUGCACAGACAGGACUGUUUUACACGACACAGGAACUUCUGUUGCAAAUGGAUCACUUCUCUGUAGAGAAAACAAACCACUAAGAGCAAUAUGGUCAAGCGGAGAUGUGUUUUGACAUGAGCGAUCGGUGAAUUGAGACAACCUGGAUGGGCAGACGUGAGGCUUCCUUCUCAAUGUUUGAUCAAGCUUCUUUUACUUAGUCACAUAGACGUGGAUUUUCUCUGCUGUGAAAAUGACACAACGGAGCAGUAUGACAAGCUGUUGAAAAAUGCGUAAAAACAAAAUUCACUCUAGGGUCCUUGAAGUGACUUCAAUGCUGACCUUAUUUUAUUAGACUUAUUAUAUUUCCUCGUUAUAAAAAAAGCCACUGGAAAUAUUGCUAAUAUGCAACCUAAAGAAUUUUGAUCAAAUAGAUAUUGACAAAGGGCCCUCUUGACACAUUUCUUCAUCCAGCUUCUAUUCAGAAACACAGUGCCCUUGGAUCACAUCGGGCAAAACGUUCUAUGCCAUUACCCUUAAUUUCCCAUUUUGUCUAUUUUUACUCUUGUACAUAUGUGGUGGGUUUAAGAGUCUUUGGCAUUUGUUCCAUGACACCCUUUUCUGGAACGGACUGUUUUAGGAUGGAGCCUGCCGGUUCCAAUGUGGGGCUCCUAGUGGUGGUGGGCCAACAGCGCUCCCUGGAGGCCACCAGAUCGGGGCCACCUGACACCCAGAGCAGUUUCCAGCAGGACGCUGCCCAAGUCUGUAUUUUCAGAGCCACUCCAGGUUUGGGAGCAGGAAAGCGGGGAAAAAAAAAAACAAAACAAAAACACUUUUGUUUAGAAGUCUGAGUGGUUUGCGGGGGGGGGGGAACCUUUUUAGAGUUUGCAUGCCAGCGCACGACCAGAGGCUGUGAAACAGAGGGGCCCGCUCCCCGAGGCCGGCGCUGGAGGAGGAUGUCCGAUAGCACUAAGGGGAAAAGAAAAUGCAUGGCGAAGUCUUGUCUUCUGUACCCUGUCUAGCAUGCAGAGUUUCGUGUGUUAAAACGGUGUAUGACAUUGCUGUAUCAAAGUUGUAAAAUUAAGCAUUAUUUAUUGAAAACUAUGUAUUUUUUUGUAAAAACCUGAUCACAUAGAGCAUAUCAGUGGCUGUGCUUGGCGUUUCGAUGGAACCAGCUUCUCGCCCCACCCCCUUGGUAUGCAGCGCUAUUGCUCAGGGUUGAAAAUAGUAUACCCCAAUGUCGCUUUUGCAAGAGUUUUUCACAGAGGAAUACAUUUGUUCAAAAGACUCUAAUAAAAUUGUGUGAUUGAUCUGC